AUGAAUGGAAAUUGUCCAAAUGAUAUCAUCGAUUUAUUGUGUAUAAUAACAACAAUUGGAGGAAUUCGUUGUUUUCUUGAAAAAAGAAAAUUAUUGAUAGACAAUAUAAAAUUGGAGAAAUCGCGUGCAACCUCAGAUGAUAAUAAACUGGAACAAUUAAAAUCAUGCCAACAGUUAUCAAGAUCCCUUACAGGAUUACCUCCUAUCUAUAAAGAAAAAGAAGAAAUUUCUAAAGAAAAUUUUGAGAAAGUAGAAUUAUCCUGCAGUGAUUCACAACCUUCGAAUUCGUUUGCUGAAUGCAAUUUCGACGUUUUAUCACAAAAAAUCAGGGCCUUGUUUCCGAAUGAGCAACAAGCAUUUUAUUAUGUUCCACCAAAAUCUGAAGGACCGUCCCAAAAAGUGUCAAAAGGAAAACUGCCGGAUUUUUAUCGAAAUAAACUCGAUGUAUGUCGACAAAUUGGACUUAUUAAAAUGAAAAAAACUGACGAAAAUAUAGAUGAUUCAAAUAUUGAAUUACACAUUAAUCCUGAAACUAAACAUGCUUGUAAAACACACAUGCAAUGGUUACGAUAUAAUACAACACCUUGGUCGGCUGUAAAAGAACAUUGGGAUAAAUCUCGUGAACUAAGACAAGAUUUUAUAAAGCAACAUACAGGAAACGUUUAUGACAUUUUUAAAGAAUAUCCAGUGCUUAAACAGGAAUUUGGUUACGUGCUUGUACGUAUAAUAAAAAAUUCAUUUUUUUCAAUUUUAUAUUUUAUUGUUUUUUACAUUUCAGCUGGAUAA